CCUCAUCACUCGUACAACUGUCAAACAGACAUUUUUCGUCAAGGAAGAAAUCUUUGCUAUUUUUAAAAUUCUAUAAAGUUUUACUUUGAAAUUUAGUGCCAAUAAAAUGUCUGACAACAAGGAAACACCGAAAAAGGACGUUGAUCCUGAAUUGGACGAUUUGUUGGACAGUGCCCUUCAAGAGAUGACCAAGAAACAAGAGGCAGAUAAACCCACAGGGUCUGGAGAAGUCAACAUGUGGAGUGAGGAGUUCAUAAAGGAGGCGGCGGCGCAGUUUGAGACCAAUAUGGCGGCUAUACUGGGCAGUUUUAGCGGGGUACCAGAGGACCAAAUCACACAGGACCAAAUUGCACAAACGUUCACGAAAAUGGCCGAAGCGGCCGCGACAGUUUUAAAGCCGGCAGCGCAGGCCGGGGACUCCGCCCCCUCGGAACAGGAUCCCGCCGUACAGGAGAAGAUUGACGAGGUUUCAGCAGCCAUAUCCCAAACGCUGCAAAACUUGAACACCAACGCUGAGAAUCUCCAAACACCGAUGUCUGAGCAAGACCUAGCUAAUAUGUUCAGUAAUUUCAACCUAGGCGAAGGGGGACAGGACAGCAACAUGUUCGUCCCGUUCAUGCAAGGCAUGAUGCAGUCUCUGCUGUCGAAGGAAGUGCUGCAUCCGUCGCUUGUCGAGCUGCUGGACAGAUAUCCAGCCUGGCUCGCGGAGCACAAGGACACGGUGGAGCCGAGCGAGUACGACAGGUACGAAAAGCAGAUGGUGUUGAUGCAAAAAGUAUGCGCAGAACUGGAAACCGAGCAAGAAUCCGACCCCGAAGACGUGAAGAGAAAACGCUUUGAAACAGUCCUAGAACUCAUGCAGAAGAUGCAAGACUUAGGCCAACCUCCCGCGGAGCUAGUGGGCGAUAUAGGCGCCCCCCCUCAAGGGUUUGCCCCUCCCCCCGGGGCCGACGCAUCGCAGUGCAGCGUUAUGUAGUAACGCAUAGUUAUAAAUACGCGAUUGACCGUUUGCGACGCGAUCUGUUAGGUGGUUGACCGUUUGUGAGGCGAUUAUUGACCGUUUGUGACAGUUUUUGAGGUGAUUCAUGACCAUUAUCGACCGUUUGAGACGUAGUUGACAGUUUCUGAGGUGAUUUAUGACCGUUUGAGAGGCUAUAUUGACCGCUUGUGGCGUUUUUGACCGUUUGAGACGCGAUUUGUGACCGUUUGAGACGUGGUUGACCGUUUCUGAGGUAAUUUGUGACAGUUUAUGAGGUGGUUGACCGUUUGUCAGGCGAUUAUUGACCGCUUGUGGCGCUAUUAACCGUUUGAGAGGCGAUUGGUGACCGCUUGUGGCGUUUUUGACCGUUUGAGAAGUGGUUGACCGUUUCUUAGGCGAUUUGUGACCGUUUGUGAGGCGGUUGACCGUUUGUCAGGCGAUUAUUGACCGCUUGUGGCGUUAUUGACCGUUUGAGAGAUGAUUUAUAACCGUUUGUGUGGUGGUUGACCGUUUGAGACGCGGUUGACCGUUUUUGAGACAAUUAUUGACUGUUUGAGAUGUGGUUGACCGUUUGCAACGCGACUUCUGACAUGAUUCUUGACCACAUUGGCUGUUUGCAGCGUGAUUCUUGGCAGUUUGUGACGGGAAUGACCAUUUGUGACAUGAUGCUUGGCAUUUGUAAAACGAUUCUUUAAAAGGUUUUUUAUUUACUUAUAGGCAAUCCGACACUGCCUCCUAUUGUUUUCGAUCAGUACUACCAAUAAAAAUAAUAGUUGACAGUUUGUGGGUUUUGGAGCGAUGACUGAUUUUUGAAUUUUACAAUUAUGUUUACAUAAUUAGUCAAUUAAUUUAAUUUUACAAUAAAUGGAAAGAGGUCGCGUUUCAAACGUCACAAAGUGUCAAAAGCGUGAUUUAACCCUUAAACGGUCAUAGCAAAUCAAGUCCUUUUUGGACCUCAAUACAAGCAAGGUUGAGAAUGCCUUAUUUAGGGUAAAUCACCCAAAUAUCGUCUGUCGCACUCGUGGUCCGUUCGCGAACUAUUUGGUGCUGUGGAUUACCUUUGCGGUAUAUUAGAUAUUGUGUGACAAAUAUUAUUUAAAAUACAGCACGUCAAGCUAAAUUGCACUUAUUUUCAUAGUAAUAAAAGUGUUUUGCAACAAAAUGCGCAGCUUGGUGUGCUGUCAAAACUAUAUUUCAAAUACUACGC